CCGCCGACGCCGCUGAUCGCAACGACAGAUCCAAGAUGUAUAAAGCCGUAGUUGCAGUCCUCCUCGUGGCAGUGGUCAUGAGCCUUCAGCAGACGGCUUCAGGGGAUACCCUAAAGCACUUCGAACGUGAGUUGGUGUCCGAGCUGGCGGCGCAGAUCCUGCGCGUGGCUCAGGGACCCUCGGCCUUCGUCGCGGGCCCUCAAAAGCGCAACUCGGAGCUGAUCAACUCCCUCCUGGGGAUCCCCAAGGUCAUGAACGACGCCGGAAGGAGAUAAACAGUGAGAGACCAUGGACAUUGCGUAGAAUAUUACAUCAGAAAACACUUUCAUCUUUUUUGUCUUAAUAAAAUAAAUGUUGCAGCUCUGG